GUUUUGCUGUCCGCUGGACCGGAUUCAGGUUUCUCGAACCCUUCCAGACGUGAUAAGAAGUCUAGAGCGGUGCCAACUCCAGGUUUCCGUUUCUUGCUUUUCUCGAUUUGUCUCCAUGACUCCGACCAAAGCAGAGACUUUCCCUGGUGGAGAUCCGGUGGAGGCGUCCGAGUGCAUAAAGUUAAAUCUCUCACCCAAAUGCUCAUGAACAGGCGAGUUGACGCCCCCGAACUUCAGAGACAGUCGUCACUGCUUGCCUUCCAUGACGUUGCAUAUCCAAGCCCUAUAGUCGCAAUACCCCUCAUCGACGUCCUAUUCGUCCUUCAACCUGCUGUCAGCAUGCAAAGUUCGGCACCCGAAAACCCCUCAGUUGUGUUCUGGUCUUAUCUGCAAGCCUCUCGGAAGAGGGUUGACGACUCGAUAUCUGGGAGCAUCGAAAUGCAGCAUAGACGCAUUCAAUCGUCAAGAUCAUCCGAUGGAGACAGCCUGAUGGAGACAACAUCACAGUAUUUGUGA